CAUGGUUUGCUUUGUCCUGUAGGUUUCCUGUUGGGCCGACCAUAAACAGGAUCCAUGGAAUGGUUUCGGAUGGUUCCUUGUUGGCAUGUUUUCCGCCCCGAACAUCUGCAAUUGACUAUCUUGAAUAUGCUCGUGCAAGUACUUGGUUAGCCAAGUAGUAUUCAAUUACGGACAAGCAAAAUGUCGGGAAUGCUUCAGCAUCGUGUGCUAAGCAAUGCGAACGCCACAACAUCUGCCGGAAGACCCUUUUGUAGAACUGCCUUUGGCUGCAUCCCGCCCGCUUCACGCCAUCGACGGCAAGGUUGCCUGGCUCGGCAUGGUCGGCAAAUAUCCGUCGCCGUCCGCGCAGAGAAGAAGGAGUACUACGACUAUAAGGAUAUGCCGCCGCUGCCGUUGACUGUCUCGCGUAUCUAUAUACCAAAAUUGGACUACACCGUCGUCAGCAAGCAGAAUGAGGGGAUGCGCAUGGCCUCGCUCGCAAUCUUCUACGACAUCUACAAGGACGAACAGUACAAGAGCCGGCUUACACGCAAGUCCGCCAUGACAGCACUUUGCAUGUAUGAUCGCGACGACGUUCAAGAAGCGCAAAACACGCCAGGGGAUUACCCCAACAUCGACCUGCUCUUCCGCGUGUACAGUCAGGGGAUGGAUCUAGAGUUUGUCGUGGAGGAGUUCAUGCCACAAUAACAGCGUUGGAGGAGGUAGGGCAUUGCUCGGACAUGGGCGGUCACUUGAUGUGCCACACACGUACUUUGCAUGGGGUCAGGGCGAUAAUGGUACCCAGGGGCCAGGUUGGGACUAGUCAAGUCCUGGUCUUCUAUUUUUUGCAUCUUUUUGACGCAUGGAAGUAUGGGGACAACUCUUUACCUGGCCGUGAACACGACGUAACCAUGACGGUUUAUGGGUAUGAUGCAUGUUGGAGAUGCUUCUCCUCGAACAGUCCUGGUAGCGAUGUGAGCUGACUGGCCGUCGUUCGGUUAUCCUGGUGUGUGCGGACACAAGAGCACGCCGCCGCCGCCUGGCUGGAAGCGGCGGUGAUGCAUGGCAGCACAGAAGGCAUCCUAGACCCUUCAUUGCCCCACAGCACCCGAUGCCAUUGUAAGUUUGUAAUAACAACCACAG